AUGGUGGUGAGCUACCAGAUGGUAGCCACAGUUACCCUACAGCAGCCUGAUGGAGGCCAGAGGGCCAUGCAGUGGCGCCCCCUGUUGAACCACCACCAGCAGCUUUUUCCCGUCUCUCGUCUGUCCUUCCUGCUCAUCUGGCUUCUGGUCCUUUCUUCCUCAGCUUUCCCUCAGCCUCGUCUUCCUCUCAGAAAUCCUGAAGAUUCACAGGAAGCGAAGCGGGACGACUGGGAUGUCCUGUUCCCGUCCAUCUCCCUCCACGACUGGAACAUCCAGAUGCUGUCUGCGCCGGGCCUCAGGGCGGCGGCGGACAGCAAGGCCGGUCUGGUGGGGGACGCCUGGCUGUUCGCACCGGAGCGUCCGGAGGCCAGCGUCUGGCCGGCGCAGUGGGCGUCAGAAGGGGCCCGGAUGGUGAAGAGGAACAUGGUGGUGGCGGACGACGCCGCCUUCAGGGAGAAGAGCAAACUGCUGACCUCCAUGGAGAGACAGAAGUGGCUCAACUCCUACAUGCAGAAGCUGCUGGUGGUGAACUCCUGAUGUSACCGAGGCCGUUUGUUGUAGACGGUGCUGGUUGGUGUGGAGGAGGAAAYGACAUCAAUAAAGACAGAAAUGUUCUGAUGAAA